AUGAUUGCGCAAUUUAUUUGUGUGGCUCUUGCACUAUUAUGGCUCUGGUCCCGGCUUCGCGCCAUCUACGCCAUCCCAAUUAUCAAGCUUAUAAAGGGUCUUGCCGUCAAUGUUCCUCGAGUGCCUAUCGUUUCUAUCAACGAGCUCACUCCUUCCAGAGUCUCCUUCCGUUGGGAUCCAACCUUUGAAUCUGGAACUCAUCAUGAAAUUCAUCUUAAUGGAGCAUUAAUUGGGGUUGCCGACUACAAUCAAACCAGUUGUGUGUUACGAAGUUUGCGUCCGGAUUCCUUUUAUCAAAUCGACGUUGUGGCCAAGAACUCUGCUGGUUUCAGAUCAAAAAGUGCCACUGUUUAUGUGAAAACUCUUAGGUCCAGCGCCUAUGUUGCCAAUGGUCUUGAGAACCCAAAAAAUAUUGUGACUUUCUUGACUACCGACUCGCAUCUUGACGUGAAGCGUCACGGCGCUGCCAAUGCUUUCCGAUCAAGAUCAAAUACUCUCAUGGCUGUUGGUGGGAUUUCGCCCUUAGUCAUUGCAAAUGGCCAUGGUAAUGGCACUGUAACCCAUUCUCUGUCAAAGGAAGAUAUACGCGAAAGAUUUUUCAUUGAGAUUGAGGAGCUUAGAAGAACUUUAGAAGAAGGCCAAGAAGAUCUCCGAAUCAUUAUAGAACAACAAUCUACGGCUAUAAAGGAGUUCCAAGAGAAGAAAACUUUUUUCACAGAAGAGAGAGAUCGUCAAAGGGAAAUGAAGAGAAGUGGUGAUCGUACCAGGCAUUCAAUUCGUGCUCAGGGAAAAGUUUUAGAAGAAAACGCAAGAUAUGCAAAGAAAGAAUUAGAUACCAUACAAAAUGAAAUCAAAAUGCUAGAAACUGAUAUGAAAUCUAAAAAUAAGGAGAUGGAAUGGUGGAGUGAACAAAUGAAAUUUUUUGAAAAUAAACAACGAUCCAUUGAGGUUGAAGGCCCAUCUAGAAAGAAGAAGCUUGAAGGUGUGAUAUCUGUGCUUAUGACAGAAGUUAAACAAUCACAAUUAGAAAACUCUAAACUUGAAGAGUUGGUCAGAAGUAAAAACCAGCAGCGCCGUCAGAAGGAAAAAUCGUACGAUGAAAUCGCAGCAUUGUUUAAAAAGUUUCCAACUAAUUUAAAAGAUAAUAAAGCUAUUCAGUCAUCUCUCGAAACUCUCAAAGAACUUGAUCAGACGAUUUAUGAUCUUGUGGCGCCUGAAGUCACUAUUGAUAUUACUUCUGAGAAGCAAUGGUACAUAGAUCAGCAGCGCGAAGUUACACAUUGCACCAGUGUUUAUGGUACUUUCCAUGAAGCCAAGGAGCGGUUAGCCAAAUUAACUCAAAGAACGGUGGACAGAAAACUUGAUACAAUCAACCGCGAAGCUAGUGAAUUAGAACAACAACAAAAGAUUCAACAGCAGCAAAUACAGCAGCAAUUACAACAACAACUCCAACUACCCCAAAACCAAUUGUCAGCUUUCACCAGUAACAGUAAUGGUUCAACACCAAAUAAUAAUAACAACGUGAUCUUAGGUACCAGCUCGUUACCGCAAUUAUCUCUGUCACAAGUACCUCAAAGCCAGAGCUCAACCAACAUGAUUCAGAAUUCGCAAGCCAAUUAUAACUCAGAUUUGAGGAUCUUUACUGGAGCUGAUACCUCAAAUGAUGGUGUCUGGAAUUCAAUACUUGAUGGGAACAAGCUCAUGACCAACCAAAGCACACCAAUGUUCAGUAAUAAUAAAAUGGGUAUUGAUUCUCGUGAUCCAUUGGAAUCACCAUCGGUAGAAACGUAUCUCCCUGCAAAUCUUUUCGAUAAUGGUCUAAGUGAGAAUCUUAUUGAAGAUUUCCGUCAGUACCGCCAUAACAUUGAAACUGGCCCAGUUUCCACGACCACCAAUACACAGUUUUUGAACACUAUUAGUACCCCGGUAUUGACAAAUUCGCAUGUCGCAUCAGUUGAUCCUGUGAUGAGAACUUCAAGUUCUGGUAUAGCUCUUGAUAGUAUGAGCCCUCUGGAUAAUUCAUCAACUGAUAUCAAUACCCUGGCGUUAAAUCCACAAUUUAAAAAUCAUGAGAGAUCAUUUAGUGGAUUCAGUCAAACUAGCAGCAUAUCAGCCUCUUCUGGUGGUGAUCAACACCAUCAAAAUCACAGGCUUCAUUUGCAAAAGCGUAACCGUUUAUCAGGAGGCGGCGACUCUCCAAUCACGCAAGUGGUAACUUUGGACCAACCUAAAGAUGAUGCAAAUGGCCAUUCCAGUUCAAUUACUUCAGCAUUUUCGCCAAAACGGCUUUUUAGCUUCAACAGACGAUUGUCCAGUGGUGUCACAGGACACGUCAACGGGGUUCCUAAUUCAAGUAUUGCAAAUUUUGUGGGCACCUCAGAACUUCAGCUUGAAAAUGGUGUGGAGAUGGUGACUAAUGCAAACUUCUUCCCAGAGAUUGAUAUUCUGCCACCGCCAUCGGCCAAUGGUAAUUCCAGCAGGUUCUUUGGUCACAAGAGAAAUGCAUCUACAACCGAUGAUGAUGGGAAAUCUGAGAAUAAUAAUGUGGAUGGACUUGAUAAAGCAGAGUCUGGUGGUAUCCGGAUGAGCCGCUUCUUUGGCCGCAAAAAUGAACUGGCGAAAUUAACUCCAGUUCUUUCCCUUAACACCACCACAGAAGCAAUGGGUUAUCCAAUGACAAAUUCUGAAUCUAACACUACCAGUGCUCCUAUGGGAUAUGACGAAUCGUUAUCACAAUUUUUUGCCCCAUCAUCAUCGCUUAGGGUGGGACGUGACAGAAGCGGUAGUAUCAACAGUGGUAUUCUGAUUCCACAGUCGUUCCAUACUGCCAAUAUCAACCCUUGGGCUGCCCCAACCCAUCCUGAUCAAAGUUCGACAUCUUUGUCUAUGUUCUAUCCAACGUCUUCUAAUCAGCUAUUACCAAUCACCAGUCAUGAUUCUGCUAAUGCUAAUAUUUCAACGGUGUCACAACCGCAAGUUGCUAACUCUGCUGGUACUAGUUGGUCACUAUUCCACAUAAACCGUGGUCUGAACCCUAAUAAUAAUGGCAGCAUUGUCGACACCGUGAAAGAUGAACCAGAAUCUCCACUGUUAGGGACACCAAAAAGCCCGAGCUCUGCCAGCAGAAUACCAUUCUUCCGUCGUGAAAAGGAUAAACAACAUUCGGUUACCGUGGCGAGUCCAUUAGGUAUGGGUUCGGAAAUUGUCCUGCCAAUUUCUCCUAGCGUGCCACAACCCAUUUCGAUUCCGGAUAUUCAAUUGAAUUCGCCCCCAAGUGCCUCGGUAGUGUCGCUGCCAACGCAAAAGAAGCGAAAGAGCAUCUUUUCUUUCUCCAAAUCUAACAAAAAUGAUGUGGCUGCUAGUCUUGCGGAAAUGCUACCGUCAGGCGGGUCGACUUCUUCUUUAGAGAAUGCAAUCAUUGAUUAUAGUCCAGAUAUUGACUCUACCAUGACAGAUCAAGACCUCAAUGAUGAACAAUCUAGCCAAGGUGGUGCCAGCGCGCAUUCCCAUAACUUAUCAUCAUCGGCGACCACUGUGGGAGGGGGAGUAGAAAAAAGUUCUUCCAAAGCGUCCAAGUUAUUUCCUAAAAGCAUGCGAAGUCUUGGAAUUGCUAGACGUAGUAGUAGCACCAGUCAAGCAGUAUCUAUUGGUACCGGGGUUUCGAGUGUUGGGGCUACUAGUUUUGGAGGUGAUGGCGGGGAAACUGGGUCAGUUGGUACUGGUAAAAGUGGACAUACUGAUCUGAAGUUUAUUAGUAUUGUGGAGUGA